AUGCCUCUUAGCUUCUACAGCCUCGAAGCCUUUCUUGAGCAGUGGGCCCGGGGUACUCGAGAGCUGCACUUCGGGUCUCACCGGCUAAGCGCUACGAGCCCGGGGGGACCUGUGAAGGAGGUGAGUCACCACCAGUUCCUCCAGACUCUGCAUGGAGCACCAAGGGCUCCUCUCGCAGUUCUUUACUACGAGCCCCGCUGCCCUGGCUGCGAGCUGUUCCUCGACGCCUGGAAGCAACCAGCUGGCUUCAGCCAGCAGCAGCAGCUCCGCGGCCGCCUCCUCUUCGCUCAACUCAACGCAGAACAUAAUGAUCUCAUUGACUUUGACCUCAAGUCCAAAUUGCCUGCCGUCGUGCUAUACCCUGAGGGGCCCCAGGCCCUCGACCGCAGGCGCCUCUACAUGGGGCCCCCCAUAGUGGAAAUGAUCGGCGACUUUCUCCUCGCGGCUGCAGCCCCCAAGGAGGAACUUUGA